UGGGCCUCCGAGCCUGUAGGGGGCGAUGAAACCAGCGUGGCUUACUCCUCACCCCACACGGGGCUUGCGGGGGGCUGCUUCCAGGUCAGAGGUCAGACGGUCCGGCGCGGCGUGGGCCAUGGUGCAGCUUCGGCCGCGCGCGUCCCGCGCCCCGGCGUCGGCGUCGGCGAUGGUGGACGAGAGCCAGCCCACCUCGGAGGAGGAGGCGGAGCACGGCCUGUUGCUCGGGCAGCCCAGCAGCGGCGCGGCGGCCGAGCCGCUGCAGGAAGACGACGAAGGGGAUGAAGAAUUUGACGACGAAGCCCCGGAGGAGCUUACUUUCGCCAGCGCCCAGGCGGAAGCGAGAGAAGAGGAGCGGCGAGUUCGGGAGACAGCGCGCAGGGAUAAAACACUUUUGAAAGAAAAGAGGAAGCGACGCGAGGAGCUGUUCAUCGAACAAAAGAAAAGGAAGCUCCUUCCAGACUCCAUUCUAGAGAAGUUGACUACAGUUUCACAGACUAACAUAAAGAAAUCACCAGGCAAGUUAAAAGAAGUUAAUUUACAGAAGAAAAAUGAAGAAUGUGAAAAAGGAAGUGAUUCCAAGAAAGCUAAAGUACAAAAAGUUCAGUCUGUCAGCCAGAAUAAAAGCUACUGGGCUCUAAGGCUAAAAGAUCAAGAUCUGAGAGAUUCAAGGCAACAAGCAGCCAAAGCCUUCAUACAAAAUUCUUUGUACGGUCCAGGAACCAACAGAACUACUGUAAAUAAGUUCCUGUCUCUUGACAACAAGAGGUUACCAGUGAAAAAGGCUGCAGCCCAGUUUUUGAAUAAUGGUUGGGGAACCCAGAAAAAACAAAAUGCUAAGAGGUUUAAAAAACGGUGGAUGGUCAGAAAGAUGAAAAACUUCUAAGAAGUAGAUCAAAGCUAAAUGAAGAAUGAGAACUUUGGAUGUGUAAAACUUAAUAGUUUAGAAGAUUGACUUGUCUUAAAAAAUCUAAUAAAUCAUUUAUAAAUCAUUGUAAA